AUGUUUUCUUCCGACCGCCUUAUAGAAAACCUCUACUUGUCUCCCUGCAGCAUUGAGCUUCAACUGAACAAUAACAGCUUUAAAGCUUGCAAGCUGCUGGGUAUAGUAGAGGCAUCGAUGAAUGCAGAAAUAAAAUCGCCUUGGAUUUCGUUUUUCAAAUCGCACGACAUCAAGUUCCUGAAGAGUGUUUUUUCUGAAAUUUCUUUCUUAAGACAAGAGGUUACUCGAUGCACUAAUGAUGAUCUCUGUGCAUCACAACUGAACAACCAGAGAAGUCUGGAUGAGAACUUUGAGUUCUUUAUAGCGUUUGAGUACGAGAAAACAAUGAUCUUGUGUUCUUGGAGAAUCAAAGAAAGGGGCUCCAUGACAGUAGGUUGA